AUGGAUACAACUCAUCACGAAGGCAUUGAAAUAGAACAAAAACUCAAUGACAUAGCUCUCGAGCAAGUACACUCUCUGGCCCAAAUGCCAGGCUCAGACAAUGACACAUGGCCGAGUUGGCCAAGUUCCCCUCAUUCAAAUUUAGAACGAGGAAUGGACGAAUAUCUCGACAAAAUAUUUGAAGACAAACAAGAGUCUCAAGAGGAAUCCCCAACAUCUCCAUCAAACCUCAAAAAGAAAAGAGGAAGAAGGCCUCUUCGCCCACACGACCCAAUCAAGAAAAAAACUGAAGAAAAAGACAAAUAUUGGCUGAGGGCUUUCCGAGCUCACAUGAAAGACCUCUAUCCGAAGAUUUCUGACCAGAUGAGCUUAGAAGAGCAAGUAUUUUGGAAUGAGCAUUUAGGACCUAAUGGUAAGCCUGAAAAAGGAAACAGAUUUUUAUCAUAUGGAAAGCGGUACAAGAACUAUCUCUUCACAAGGCCUUAUUUUGUAACACUUUUUCAGGAGUGGUUUAAAGAGAACGGAAAGGCUGAACUUUCGAAGAAAUGCAAGCCUGGAAGCGAUCUUUGGUUCGUAUUUUACGAUUAUGCAACUAAAGAUCUCCUGAAUUAUGUGCCGACCGGCAGUUCUUCCAUAGAUGGAAGAGAAUCCCCACUCAGCUGUGCAUCGCCUCCUGGGGAAACACAAGAUGAACUGAUCAAUGAGCCUAUGGAUUUCUUUAUGGUAGACAAUGAAAGUGAAGAUAUAAUUGAGUCAUUUUUUAAUUAA